UUCAAAUUUCUCCGCCUAAAAUCUCCAAAUUAAAGGAGCUUCGCUACUAAAGCAGAUAAGGUUUUUGAAAUUCCUUUUGUGCUUUCUCUUUGUCAAAAAAGAACAAAAUCCCUAAACAUAAGCGUUUCUCCUCAACCGUGUAGAUAGCUAAAACCCCUUUCUUUUCAGUUCCCAUUUAAACCCUAAAUUCCUAAUAGCAAAAUCUAAGCAACAAAGCAAUGGUAGAGGGGGCAGGAGAAGAAAAGAAGAAAUUUUCAAUCUGGGAUUUGCCAGAUGUGCCAAUGGGUCAACUUCCGCCGCAUCUUGAACUCCAACGAAGUCGUGUUUCAUGCAAUAAGGACGCCCCUAUCCAUCUUCCUACAAUGGCAAUUGAAAAAGUUCUCAUUGCAAACAACACAUCAGUAAUCCAAGAUGAAGUUCUUGCUCAUAGGUUGGGCCUCGUUCCAAUCCGUGUUGACCCAAGGCUUUUUGAUUAUCUUUCAGAAAAUGAUCAGCCAAAUGAAAAGAACACCAUUGUUUUCAAACUCCAUGUUCAGUGUAAAAGAGGUAGUCCACGUAUUACAGUUAAAUCGGAUGCAUUAAAGUGGCUGCCUAAUGGGAGUGAACUAGUUAAGGAAACAAGAAAUGCAGCUUCAGAUUCAUCAUCAAAGCCUGAAACAUACACUUACUUCGGUUGCAGUCAAGAGACCAUUCCAGAAUUUGUCAAGAACCCCAUUAUCCCUAAGUAUCCAGAUAUUAUUAUUGCUAAACUUGGCCCUGGACAGGAAAUUGAACUGGAAGCACAUACUGCUAAAGGCAUUGGGAAAACACAUGCAAAGUGGUCCCCAGUGGCCACUGCUUGGUAUCGGAUGCUUCCUGAGGUUGUAUUAUUGGAAGAUAUCGAAGAUGACCUUGCUGAAGAACUCAAAAGAAAAUGCCUUGUUAAUGUGUUUGAUAUAGAAGAUCUUGGAAAAGGUAGGAGAAGGACAACUGUAGCAAGGCCACGUGCGUGCACACUUUGCAGAGAAUGCAUAAGAGGUGACGAUUGGGAGAAACGUGUGGCACUGCGCCGUGUUAAAGAUCAUUUCAUAUUAAGUAAUUCACCAUUGAAUCUACUGGAGCAUUACCUCCUGAAGUUCUAUUUACUGAAGCAGUGAAGAUUUUAGAAGACGAGUGUGAACGCGUGAUAACGGAGCUCUCAUGAUGCUUUUAAUAUGGUUAGUAAGGAUGAGAGAAGCAAUGGAUUCUCUAUUAAUCCAACGAGAUUUUCUUGCCUAUUAGCAAAUCUUUUUCAUUUCUCAUCUUUUGGUUCAUGGAUGGGAUUUGGAGGGGCAGAUGGUAUGAUUCACAUAUAUAUAUAUAUAUAUAUAUAUAUAUAUAUAUAAAAGAGUGGAUUUUUGUGAGUUAAUGUGUAAUGAGAGGGAUAGAUUAUUAGUGAUGGGCUUUUUACAUUUUUGGUAUUGAAUUAAUAUAUAGAUGUAAUACAAGGAUCCAUGGUUUAACCUUAUGAAGUAGCCAAUUCAUCAGCUUUGCUUUUACUGGCAUAAAAACAGUAAAAUUGCAUCAGUUCUCUAAUGAAUGAUUGAUUGGUUAUUAGUACAGUGGAUUUUUUUAGGGCAGAAAGAAUA